AGCGGAAAAGCCAUGCAGAAACUUGGUAUGAAGGCCAUCACUGGUGUGAGCCGUGUUACUGUCAAGAAGAGCAAGACCGUUAUGUUUGUCAUCUCCAAGCCAGAUGUCUUCAAGAGCCCACACUCAGACACCUACAACAUUUUCGGGGAGGCCAAGAUCGAGGACAUGAGCAACCAGCUGCAGACUCAAGCCGCGGAGCAGUUCAAGGCGCCAGGUGGGAGAGCGGCCCGGGACGACGAGGAUGAAGACGAGACUAGCGUGGACAAGAAGGACAUCGAUCUCGUGAUGACGCAGGCCUCCGUGCCAAGAUCCGAGGCCGUGAAGGCGCUCAAGGCUGCCGAUGGCGACAUUGUCAGUGCCAUCAUGGAGCUGACCAACUAGGUGCUGGGAGGUUGAACUUUGACCUGAAAGUAGGGGGUGGUGGGCAGUAGUCUUUUUUGGCCAUGUCAUCUUGAAUGUUGCAGCUGCGGAACUGGAUGUUCUGUUCAUGUCUCUUCAAACUUCUGGCAUGUAGGGUGACUUUUGACAUUGAGGAUACGGCGAACUCUGGAAUUUGUGGGAAUCUGAUCUGAAUCAGUUACGCCAAUUUAUUUCUGCAAAUGCAAUAUCACUCUGUGUUUGAGACAGUA